UCCGAAAUUUCUUUCUUUGUCUCCUUUCCUUUUUUUUUUUUUUGAAACGCGCAGAUACUUUUCUUUAUUUUAUAUAUAUAUAUAUAUAUUGUUUAUAGAUUAUUAUUAAUAGUUUUUCUUCUUUUUUAAACAAAUAUGGAUACACAACACAUUGGACAGAAAAGAGGUUAUCAAGAUGAUGAUCAACCAACAUUCAACAAAGCUCCAAAGUAUAAAAAAGAUAGUGUCAUCAGUGCACAAUUGGUGGCUCAACAUUAUAAUCAACGACCAGAAGUAGGUGUGGCUCGAAGAAAGGAAUCAAGGAUUAUACGAAUGCGUAGUUUCAACAAUUGGGUGAAAAGUGUCUUGAUCCAACGACAUACACGGCCUCGACAAUGUGUCCUUGAUAUGGGUUGUGGUAAAGGUGGCGACUUGCUUAAAUGGGCCAAAGCAAAGAUUGGUUAUUUGAUUGCUGCUGAUAUUGCGGCGGUAUCUUUAACACAAAUGCAAGAUCGUUAUAAUGGAUUACGAAAUCGAUCAUUUGGUGCGGAAUUCCAUGCCUUGGAUUGUUAUAGUGAAUCUAUUGAACCUCAUCUGGAAACACAACGACCGGUGGAUGUAGUGUCUAUGCAAUUCUGUCUCCAUUAUGCGUUUGAAUCCGAAGAAAAGGCACGAAUGAUGCUUCACAAUGUCAGUCGUCAUUUACGGUCUGGUGGUCAGUUCAUUGGUACGAUUCCUGAUGCUAAUUUGAUUGUCAAACGAGUACGUCAAGAACCUCCCGAUGUUCUUGGUUUUGGUAAUGAAUUCUAUUGGAUUGAAUUUGAUCCCCUACCGUAUCCAAAAUCAUCUGGUGCUGCUUUUACUCCUUUUGGGUGCAAAUAUAUGUUUCAUUUAGAAGAUGCUGUAGAUUGUCCGGAAUAUUUGGUACAUUGGGGAACUUUUGAACGUUUGGCUAAUGAAUAUGGAUUAGAAUUGAACUAUAAAGAAAACUUUCAUCCUUUUUAUCAAAGAGCCAAAACUGAUAAAGAUCAUGCAAGAUUACUUCAACGAAUAGGUGUAGUGGGUGGACAAGAACCUGAAAUGUCAGUGGAAGAAUGGGAAGCAGCUGGGAUUUAUUUAGCUUUUGCUUUUACCAAACGAUAGAAUAGUAUAUUAGUUUAUUUAUUUAUUUUUAGUUAUAAAGAAGAUGUUUGAUCGAUCCAACGUGUUCAUGUAGGGAAAUGGAAUGAUUUGCUCCGAUAGAAAUAGGAAGAUGUUUAUUAUAAAAAUAGGACCCUUUUUUCCUAAAUCAGAUUCACUAUCGGAUGUUCUUUAUG